GAAGAAACGAUAUGUGAUGUAAUAUUCUAGAUGCGAGAUGGAAGUCUCGCCCCAGUCUCCAGUUUUCUAUUUAGCAUUUCGACCCCACCAUAACUCAGGUACAUACAAUAUUUCUAACUGGAUCAUCAACCCCACUACUUCUUCUAUACAUACAACAGCUUCAAGGAAAUCCAUACUUAUGGGUCGGUAGCAAUCAUGUCGAAGCAGUAUCUCACGACACAUACUAUCGACAAUGCUCAUAUAACCGACAUCUUCUCCCUUGCGGCUACUCCUAGCGCCCUUCUAUCUGCCAGCGGCUCUUCAACAAUACAUAUACACGCUACCACACAACCUAGCAUUCCUCUUGGCCAAUCUCUCACGGGCGCACACAAGCUCGGCUGCCACCAUAUCGCCGUUUCUACCGAUGGAAAGAUAGCGGCUUCAGCUGGAUUUGGCGGCGAAGUAAAGAUAUGGAAACUUGCUGAGUCAGGUAGCGACUGGCAACCAUUUGGUGAAUUAAAUACUGCUAAAGGUGCAGGUAAGGGAGUUGGUGAGGUGUGGGCCAUCGCACUUAGCGAAAAUGGCCAGUACCUGGCUUCUACGACCUACGAUGGGCGAGUCAAUGUGUGGGAUCUCUUUGGAGAUAGGUCAGAAAGAAUACGAGAGUACGAAACUGGCAAUUCCGGCUCUGGCUCCUUUGGCCUUUGCGUAGACCUAAGUCGCGAUGGCAAGUACACGGCAAGUGGCCAUCAGAAUGGUGCUGUCUAUGUCUUCAACAACGACACAGGUCGGUUAGCAUACUCACUUCCCGGACUUGUCAAGCCAAUCCGAACAGUAGCCUUCUCACCAGCCGGCACACGCUUAGCUGCCGCCGGGGAUGCAAGUGUUAUUGCCGUUUACGACACCAAGCAUGGUGAGCAUGUCGGCAAUCUGACCGGCCAUACGGCGUGGAUUACUUCCAUCGACUGGAGUGAUACGGGCGAGUACCUACUCAGUGGUGCCUUUGACGGCAAAGUGAAAGUGUGGUCCAUUGAUAGGGGUGUCUGUGUAGCAACACACAGCGAGACAGAAAAGGCUAUCUGGGCCGUCAAGUGGUUACCCAAGACAGGACGCAACGAAAUGUUCUGCACAGCCGGCGCGAACAGAAGUUUAACGUUCUACCGUGAAGCGACGGGAGUAUAGAAGAGUCAUUACAUCUACCACUUAGAUUUGAUGAAGGUACUUGCUUGUCUGGCGUUUAGAGAUAGGAAUGGGAAAAUGAACCCUGGCAUAUGUGACGGUCCGUUUCGGGGCGUCCGUAUUUCGCAGAAUCAUUUGCUGCGCUUUCAUGAUGAAUGAAGUCUCGAUGAGAUAGCUGAGAUAAUGAUUUACUACCAACCUUCUAA